AUGCCAGGUUCCUUACGGAUAUGGGAGUCCCUCGGGCCACCCAGGAGGAGUAUUACCGGUUCCAUGAAUCCGGCCCACAACCGUGGCUGCCAUGCCGAUGCAACCACACACGGCACAGAGCCUACUUGGAGUGCUGGCUGGAGCAACACCAUUGGCUCCAGGGGAGAGCCCCCCCGAUGCGCCGCCUCUGGGGCCCAAAGCUCUAGCUGGCGGAACUUGCAGAGAUUUUGGAAUGGAACCCACUUGCAUGCUUCCCUCCCCCGAAAUGGGAGGCUUCUGGAACGUCUGUAG